AUGUUAUUUCAAACCUUGACGUUUAGUGUUAUAAUUCUAUUCAUAGUACAAGGAAAGGAAUUGGAUUCUGGGCCUCAAGUAUUUACGUCACUGAAAAAUUCAUCCCAAAUACAAUCUCCCAAACCACAUAAGAGAUUUGUCACAAAAGACGUUAUAGUAUACUUAACGCCAUCUCAAAUUAAGGAUUUAGAAUCUGGAAAUGCAGAACUGAGAUCAACAUCACCUGACGAUAUAACAAUCAACCCUGUUAAACAUCACAAAUCUGCUUCAACACCACAAGAUUCUUAUCACCGCCAUCUUGAAAACUUAAAUAUUCUGAAGGCUCCACUCAUUCCAGAUCCACGUUUGCAAGCUCAUGAUACAGAAACAAUUGAAAAUCUACUGCUAAAGCAAAGGCUUAUAUCGCCGAAAGUCAAUUUCCAAAACCAUCUAAUUGGAGAGAAUAAAAAUCAAGUGAGCACAGAAGAAUGGCGACCUUUCAUACCUGUCAUUGAAAAGAAGCCAGAAACACAAACUGAGGAACAGAUAAAUGAGUUUUGGCAACAGUUUAUUACCAAAAAUGGGAAUAGACCACCUGUACUCUCUCACUUUGAUGCUCGUAAUCAUGAAUUAAUAAAUUAUUUGCGUGAAGCGAAUGAAAAGCAUAAAGCAAUAGCUGAUGCAGCUGAUUUUGCUAAUAUAUCGCCUGUAGUAAUAUCAAAGCAUGAGCCAGUUGCUAUACCAUUUAAUGUUAUACCUCCGAUCCAUGACGUUUAUGCAGUAAAAGUACCUCGCCUUCAUCCUGUACCAGCAGACACUUUGAAAAACAUCUUACUAUCUGCGCUACUAGAACAAACAAAGGGAUAUACUCCUUCUCCUGGUGGAAAUGUUCAUACAGAAGCGUUUAAUCCAAAUUUGUAUGCUAGGAGAAAUUAA